CCCAAAUCCGGCAUCGCCAAACUUCCACCUCCAGCAUCGCGAUACACACAAUACUCGGGCCUGACCAGACCGGCGCAGCCAUUACAGAUUCAUCAAUCACUUGUCAUUGCAACCUCAAGCUUCCACGCACUGCGAGAGAUAUCGAUCCAUCAUCGACCCCCAACCGGCUAUAUACGCACGUCUACACCACCCCGCCACUCGCAGCACCCUUUCGAACUUUGGACCAGUGCCAGCCAGAACAACUCCAACAUGUCAACAAUAGCCACCCCGCGCGAUACAGGGACGCCCCUCGCGCGGCGCGUCAACUCCUCUCAAGCCUUUAGCAAUUCCAAUACAACACCCACCUCCUCCACGCGCCCAAGCCUUGACGUGCCUCGAUCCGCCUCGAGCUCGCCCAACCCCUCCGCCGCCCCUGCCGCCGCCGCCGCCGCCGGCAAACGCGCCAACCGCGCCGCCCUUCGCGAGUACUACAACCUCAAAAAAUCCCAAGCGGCCUCUGGCACGGGGACCUCGACCCCGAUCCUCGAAGUAACCUCCACUCCACCAUCGCCCGACCCGUCCAACAAUGGCUUUCAGCAAUCCCUCUCCUCAUUCGACUCCAUCCCCGCCUCGCCCCUUCUUGACUCCCCCGACUUUUCGGCGCAACCGUACCUCGCAGAGCUCCUGCAGUCGUCGACGCUAGCCGAACUCCUCAAGACGUACGCCCGCAUCCUAUCCGAGAUCCGCGCUUUAGAUGCCGAGAAGAAGGCGCUCGUGUACGAUAACUACUCAAAGCUGAUCAGCGCGACCGAAACCAUACGCAAGAUGCGCACCAGCAUGUUUGAUCCGAACGCGCUGACGGGGGAUAAGCUGGACCCCAUGGCCAGCACCCUGGAUGCUGUGUUGGGAAAGGUGUAUGAGCUUGCGAGUGGAAUCAGAGGGGAGCUUAGGCAGCGGUUGUCGGAGAGUCGUGGUGGGGAUGAAGAUGCUGCCGUGAGACGCAGAGAAACGGAGCAAGAGCAGGAUAGGGAUCUGGAUGGCAUUGAGGACGAGGAGGAGCGAAGGAAAAGGAAAGAGAGGAGGGAUAGGACGAGAGAGUUGGCGAGGGAAGUAGUCAAGGUUCCUGAACGGUUAAGGGCGUUGAUGAAGGAAGGAAAGAAGGAGGCGGCGGUGAGGGAAUGGGAGAUGCCGAGGCGGUUGUUGGAGCGGUGGAAAGAGAAGGGGGUAGGAGGAGAGGAUGUGGGGAGGCUGUUGGAGGAGGGCGAUACGAUAGUCAAAGGGGAGAAGGGGAGUAUCCCUGGUACGUCAACAUAGGGGGUUGACGUGUAAAAAAGGGCGGGUUGAUGUUGUGCUCUUCACCUUCUUUUCGAAGCUUGGGUCGAUCCGGCGAGGCUUACAUUAAUACGGGUCCUUGCAUAUCAGAACACCAAGUGUAGAGAGUUUUGGGCUCUCGGAAAACGGCAAAGAUGUAUCAAGAAACGAAACAUCAUAUGCUUGACUCGAGAAAAUUAUACCAUUACUGUGCCGAUCAUUCGAAUAUCGGCAUGCCUCAAUAAUACUCAGGGCCAGAGCUCCAGGUCCCAUUUCCAAACCAUGUCCCAGCCCCCGAGUAAUCCAGACUCCUACCAUCCUCGCCCAAGAAAGCAAACCGGAAAUACUCCGGCGUCAUCACCACUCUUGGAUCUCUCUCCCACCUAAACACCUGAUCCUCCAGCGCUUCCUCCGCAAAAAACCUUCUAUGCCUCUCCAC